AUUAUUUGUAAUUGUCCUAUGUGAGGAUGCAGGAAAAGGGGCGGGACUCAGCGCACAGCAGGGGGUAGGUGCGGUGGUGCGGCGUCUGAUGCGCGCAGAGACACUACUCUCCUCACAGCGCUGGACUGACACCCACCAGAGACAAUGCACACACAAUGUUGCGUCUACGAGCUGUGAAAAGUCGCUGCAUGUGAAGAAAAUAAAGACACAGCAAGCUAUAACGCCGGAAGCUCUCUUGCCCAGACUGAAGCACUCACAGGCAGUGUAUUUACAUUAUAUCAUUCCACCAGAGCUCUCGCCGAUGCGCUUCAGCUGUGCAUGAAUCCCUCCGUUUGGUUUGCAGGUCCAGGACAAAACCGGGCGGCGUUGACGACUGUGUGUGGUGGAUACUGUUUGUGAGUGUACCUUGUCCGCGUCUCCGCACACCCUUUGGCACCUCCUUCAGGAUGGCGUUAACUAUCUGCACGAGAUUUACCGACGAAUAUCAGCUGUUCGAGGAGCUGGGGAAGGGCGCAUUCUCUGUGGUCAGGAGGUGCGUGAAGAUCUCCUCCGGACAGGAAUAUGCUGCCAAAAUCAUCAACACCAAGAAGCUUUCUGCCAGAGAUCAUCAAAAGCUGGAGAGAGAGGCGAGGAUUUGUCGUUUACUGAAGCACCCCAACAUCGUACGACUCCAUGACAGCAUAUCAGAAGAGGGUUUCCACUAUCUGGUGUUUGAUCUGGUGACAGGAGGAGAGCUGUUCGAGGACAUCGUAGCCAGGGAGUACUACAGUGAGGCUGAUGCCAGCCACUGCAUACAGCAGAUCCUCGAGAGUGUCCACCACUGCCAUGUUAAUGGGAUCGUCCACAGGGAUCUGAAGCCUGAGAACCUUCUAUUGGCCAGUAAGCUGAAGGGGGCGGCGGUCAAGUUGGCUGACUUUGGGCUGGCUAUCGAGGUGCAGGGGGACCAGCAGGCAUGGUUUGGUUUUGCCGGCACCCCGGGAUACUUGUCUCCGGAAGUUCUGAGGAAAGACCCGUAUGGGAAACCAGUGGACAUGUGGGCCUGUGGUGUGAUUUUAUACAUCCUGCUGGUGGGCUACCCCCCCUUCUGGGAUGAGGACCAGCAUCGCCUUUACCAACAAAUCAAGGCUGGGGCCUAUGAUUUCCCGUCCCCAGAGUGGGACACUGUAACUCCUGAGGCCAAAGAUCUGAUCAACAAGAUGCUAACCAUCAACCCCAGUAAACGCAUCACUGCCGCAGAGGCCCUCAAACAUCCCUGGAUCUGCCAACGGUCCACUGUAGCUUCCAUGAUGCACAGGCAGGAGACUGUGGAGUGCCUGAAGAAAUUCAAUGCCAGGAGGAAACUCAAGGGAGCCAUAUUGACCACUUUGCUGGUCACAAGAAACUUCUCAGCAGCCAAGAGUUUGCUCAACAAGAAGCAAGACGGCAUUAAGGUCAACAACAAAGCCAACACAGUGACCAGUCCUAAAGACACUGGCCCUGCCCCUGCGCUGGAACCACAGACAACAGUGAUCCACAACCCGGUGGAUGGAAAUAAGGAGUCCAUUGAGAGUGCCAACACCACCAUAGAGGAUGAGGAUGUAAAAGCCUGCACCACUAACAAUAAAGCUCGCAAACAGGAAAUUAUUAAAGUCACUGAGCAGUUGAUUGAGUCUAUCAACAAUGGAGACUUCGAGGCCUAUGCGAAGAUUUGUGACCCUGGUCUAACUUCCUUUGAGCCUGAGGCCCUGGGAAACCUGGUUGAAGGGCAUGACUUCCAUCGCUUUUACUUUGAGAAUGCCCUGUCCAAAGGGAAUAAGCCGGUGCACACCAUCCUCUUGAACCCACAUGUGCACCUAAUUGGGGAAAAUGCAGCGUGUAUUGCCUAUAUUCGACUGACCCAGUACAUGGAUGGCAGUGGACUGCCCCGUACCAUGCAGUCUGAGGAGACCCGUGUGUGGCACCGCCGUGACGGCAAGUGGCAGAACAUCCACUUCCACCGCUCCGGCUCGCCUAGCAUCCCCUCCCAUUAAUGGAAAAUCAACAUGUGGUCAAAAAAUGGAAGUCAACUAGCCAACCCAUGACUGCUCUCCAACCUUUGACCCUUCUAUAAGGACAUGACAUCGCACAGCUCACAAGUAUUAAUACAUUUUACUGUUACGGCAUUUUAUUAAUGGACAUCAUUCGAAACCACCACCACAACAGGUGGCCGCACACAGUGGACAUUAUGAAACAAGCAUAUUGACAACAUUUGUUUUUUUUUUUGUUUUUUUUAAAGAUGUUUUGGUAUGCAUUUUAAAUAUAAAAUAGACGUUUAAAAAAUCUACUACUGUAACCUCUCCCAAAAAUUUGUUCUGUAUUUUUAUGUGUAUUUAUGUGUGUGCAAUACUAAAACAUUUGGAAGGUCAGAAUGUUAAAAUUGAGCUUGCUUUAGUUCUGGUGAUGUAUAUACAUUGUGAUUGUUGAUUAAAAAAACAAAAACAAACAUUGAAAUUGCUAUUCUUGCUAUCAGAGGAAUUAAGAGUUUACGUAAAAUCAGAGUUUGAGCUACAUUUAUGUUUGCUAUGAGCUAAGUCAUACCGUUUGAAUUGUCCGAUUUCAAUCUAUAAUACUAAUUUAAAUGUAAAGAAAAGCAGAGCAGCUUACACUUUGCAUUGAGAUAUGUUUGCCUUUAUAUCAGUGAAAUAAGAGAAUGUAGCAUAUAUGUAAUAUAUGAAAAUUCAAGACUAUUGUGUAGUGCAUGGGGGGGGGUAUUGUAAGUAAGAUCAUAUGAAACUAUAAUAUCUUCUGUUUGAUUUGUGAAUCACUGACUUGUUUGCAUUUGUUAAUGUUGUGCAUCAGUCCUGUCCCAAAUGUUUAUAAUGUUCUCCAGUAUCAUGGAACUGUUGUAAAAACAAUAACACAAUUAUAGUUAACACCAGGCGUAAAUAUCAAAACCUCAUAUCUAAGAACAGGACAGUAAACUCCUGGUUAUUGAAGCAACCCUUACUUUUUGUAUAAAAAUGAGAAGAAAACUAGCUCAUUUUUCACAAUAUUUGUACUUGUAUUGUAUGACUGUAUGUAGGGUUUCUAUUAUUUUAUUCUUGUCAUUUGCAUUGUGUUACUUGGCCAAUUGCACAGAGAAGGUGGAGAUGAUGAAGAUGAAUCAAAGGCAUUAUAGUCUGUAAGUGUUGGGCUACGUCUAAGUCUGGAGGCGUCGUAAAAGCAUUGGAUUGGAGAACAUUGCAGUCAGACAAGAGGAUAGUAAGACAACAGUGAAGGAGUCAAAUGAGAUGUCUUCCUUGAUGAUCAGUGCUUCUACCAGCCAGUGGUCUUCUUACCACUGCAGGACAGUGCCAGUGUCUUUAUCAUCCUUGCUAUUUGCUCUUUUCAAUUGGUUUGUCUCUUCUUUUUUAUGGGGGAAAAUAUGAUAAACAUAUUUUCUUUUUUUGACGAAACGUAUGAUGUCAAUGCAAUGCACCACUCCUAAUAUGGUGUGUACCUGUUGCCAGCAUGGCAAUGGAUGGUUUAACAUGUUUAAGGAAUAAAUAAAUCAGCUAAAAGAUGUGAUGAAGAAUGAGUUAUGCAUUGCUGGUUGAUCAUUGUUGCCCAAGUGUGGAGAUGGAGGAAAGCUGUGUGUUAGACAUGAAAUUAAUUAUUUGAAAUAUUUCUUUUUGAUCUUUGCUCUGUUCUAAUACUCUCUUUGGAUAUGCAGACAUGAUAUAUUAGUCCAAGUUUAGUCCAAGAGUUUGUAGGCGCUGUCAUGCAAAUUAAACUUCAAUUAAACCACUUUAAACCAGA